AUGGGAGACCUGGUGACCCAGGUGCGGGCCCGCGACCGGCGCGACCCGGCGCUGCGGCCCACCUACUCGCUGCCACAGGGCGCCGACUACGCUCAGUUCAGCCUGGAUAAAGAGACCGGCCAGAUCCGCACCAGGAGGCCGGUGAACCGCGGCGUGAACGACACAUACGAGCUGGCGGUGAUCGCCUACGGCGGCGGCGAGUCGCGGGUCCAGCAGAUCAGCGUGCUCGUCUCGCAGAGGAACCUGCAUCCGCCCAGGUUUACACAACGGGUCUACAGGGUGGAGGCGCCGGUGAGCGCGGCGGCAGGCACGCCGCUUCUUCAAGUGCGCGCCACCGAUAACGACACAGUGGCCUACAACAGGCAGGCCCUGUACAGUAUGAAGGCCCCUGAGAAUGCGAGCCGGUACCUGACGCUGGACCAGGGCAGCGGCCAGAUCUCGCUGCGUCGCACGCCGUCGCCCGGCCUGCGCUCGCUCAACGUGACCGUGUCGGCCCGCGACCUCGGCUCGCCCUCCUACCACGACUCGGCACACGUCCAGGUCACGUUCAGGACGAUAUCAGAGCCGCUGGCCGUGCGGGCCGUGCAGAGCACCAACAGCAGCGUGUACGUCUGCUGGCGGCGACCCCGCAACGGACCCGUGUCCGGUUACAUGCUGCAGCUGCGCUCGGCCGACGCCGCCGGCGCCGCCAACGCCACCCGGCUGGUGCUGCGCGACCGCAGCCAGCUGAUGACGCGCUCCGUGACCCUGAUCCAGGAGGACGGCAAAAGCAACGAGAAACACGAGAUGUUACUGGAGGAGGACGAAGAGUGUACGCUGCUGGACGGCUUACAGCCAUGGACCAAAUACAACAUGGUGGUGUACGGUUGGCGGGAGCACGAGACUGGGAUGGCCAGCCAGAUGGUGACCUUCGGAACACGCCUCAGCCCAUGCACGGGAAACGUGUGCGGCAACGGCACGUGCCGCCGCUCGGCCGGACGGCCCGGAUACACGUGCACGUGUCCAGAGGGUGCCUACGGCCAGCGGUGUCAACACGUGGACCCGUGCCAUACGAAACCGUGCCAAAACUUCGGCGCGUGCCGCAACCUCAGUUCGGAGGCGUUCGAGUGCCGCUGCAUGGCCGGCUUCUACGGCACCACCUGCGCCGACUUCAACCCGUGCUUCGGCAACCCCACGCCGUGCCUGAACGGCGGCACCUGUCACAGUAACGUCUCCAACACAUACGUGUGCACGUGUCCCCCACUGUACCGUGGGGACACGUGCGCCACGUUCGACCCGUGCGCAUCAGCCAAGUGCAGGAACGGCGCCACGUGUUACGCCGAGGCGGAGAGCUACCGGUGCCAGUGUCGCCUGGGAUACGCAGGCCCGCACUGCGAGCUGGACCUGGACUUCUGCGCCUCCUCGCCCUGCAACAAUGGCGCCACCUGCGUAGAUGGCGCCACCGACUACACGUGCCUCUGCCCUGCUGGCUUCACUGGCAUCGACUGCCAUAUCAACAUAGACGACUGCGCUGGCGACCCCUGCCAGCAUGGAGGCGUGUGCCGGGACGGUCUGGCCAGCUUCCGGUGCAGCUGCCCGGAGGGGUACACGGGCCAUCUCUGCCAAACGCCAGUGAGCUGCCCACCAGAGCUGGAGGACGGCCGCUGGGGCCGGCUGUUGUGGGCUGAGACGCCGCUGGUGGCGCGUGCUCACAACAUCUCCGAGCGAAUCUGGCGCAACGUGACGUCAUACGGCGGCGCGCUCAACCCUGGUUCGUUCACAUCGGCAGCGCAGCAGCUGGCUGACGUCAUGCCCCAGGCGGCCAAAGAUGGUCACCUGGUGCGGGCCGUGGAGCAGCUGGCUGUCGUCCUGCCGGUGCUCGGCGACCAGGCGGGCCCCCGGCUGCGGCUCAGGUACGGAUGCUCACCCCCGGCUGUGGCUCAGGUGCGGAUGGGCCCCCGGCUGCGGCUCAGGACCCGGAACAUAGCGGUGGAGACGAUCGACUACAGCGGUGACGAGCUGCUCGCGCUGGCGGCGCACGGUUUGGACGUGAGGAUGCCGUACGCUGUGCUGAAGCAGGCCGCCCGGCACCAGCGCCGUCUGCGGCUGGUCGUCAUCGCCUACAGGACGUCGCUGCUGUUUCCCGCCCAGCGGCGGCGCGUCGGACCCGAUCCCGGCGUCAUCAGCGUCACCAUUCCCGGGUACGAUGCACACCAGCUGCCGGAGCCAGUCACGUUCGGCUUUUCUUCGAACGCUGCUGAAGGUUUUCAGCCGCGCUGCGUCUACUGGAACGAAGAGGAGAUGGCAUGGUCGACGGCUGGGGUCCGGACUGAGCCGGCGGCCGAGCGCACCGUCUGCUCCACCAGCCACCUCAGCUCGUUCUCGGUCCUGUUUGACCCGGUGGCGACGCCGAUCGGCGGCCUGCACGAGCGCAUCCUCAGCGUGCUCAGCUACAUAGGCGCCACGCUCAGCCUGCUGGGUCUGGCGCUGACGAUCCUCACCUACAGUCUGUUCAGGUGCCUGAACCGGGACCGGCAGGGCAAGAUCCUGCUCAACCUGUGCGUGUCACUGCUGCUGAUGAACGCCGCCUUCCUGGUCUCUAACCUGCACGCCGUGCUGCCGUCGGCUCAGUUCUGCAUCUCCACCGCCGUCGGCCUUCUGUUCGCCUGGGGCCUUCCCCUGGCGAUCGUGCUCUCCACCCUGGCCUCGGACCGGCGCGCCUACUAUCAGGCCAUCGACGAGCACUACUGCGUCAUCACGGCACGACAGCCGUACAUCUACUACAUCAGCUUCUUCGGUCCCGGGUGCGUGAUCCUGGUAAUCAACGUGGUGGUCUUCGCGCUAGUGGCCCGUGUUCUCUUCCAGCAGAGGACGCUGGGCAAAUUUGGUGCCGUUCGUAAAUCCAUCUCAAUCAGCCAGGUGCGGGGUGCAUUCACGGUGAUGACGCUGCUGGGCGUCACCUGGGUGCUGGGCGCCUUCGCCCUGGGCCGCACGCGCUUGGCCUUCUCCUACAUCUUCACCAUCCUGAACUCGACGCAGGGCUUCAUCAUCUUCGUAUCGCGCUGCCUGCAGUACCCCGAGGCGCGGCUAGCCUGGCUGACACUCAUCAAGACGGGCCGGCGAAAGCAGCGACGCGGCUCAGCGCCCUCUUCCAGUUCACAGGCCAACAAGAAGAGCUCGCUGCCCUCCAGCAGGACGGCCGCCCUCUCGGCCAGCUACUCGAUGAGCUCAUCGAGUGAAGGCGGCUGGCCGGGCCGACAGCGGAUGUCGGUGACAGCCGAGCUGACAGUGUCCAGCUGUCAGCACGCCAAGCAGCCGGUGCCGGGUCUCUGGCAGACGAACUGA